GCUAGAUUAAGUUUUUGUAGAACAAUAACCUUAUGUUUUUACACAAAAUGUCUGUUUUAUUUUAUUUCUACCACCCAAAUGGUAGAAGGAAUAUUCUUUCACGAUUGGGAAAAGAAGAAGAAUGAGACAAGUAAAAGUUCUAAUAAAGGAAAGAAACGAAAAGGUAUUGGGGCUCCAAUAGUGGAAUGGGUUAAAUGCACAAAAAGCAAAGACAACAAGUAUUUCAAAUUUGCACGUGUUGGUGAAACGUAUAUUAAUCAAGGGGACAGCAUACUUAUUCCAGGAGAAGAACAAGGACAAGCUCCUCAAAUUGCGUACAUCACUUACAUGUUUGAAGAUCCUAAAAAUAAGAAUAAAAUGUGUCAUGCACAUUUUUACUGUAGGGGUUCGGACACUAUUCUAGGAGAUAUGUCAGACCCGAGAGAACUUUUCUUGGUAGACCAUUGUGAGGAUGUUGCUCUCUCUACAAUUAUUGGAAAAGCUAAGGUAUACCCAAAAGAGCUUCCUAAAAACUGGAACCUAACAGGCGGAACGGAUAAAGUUCUUAUUCACGACUCUGAUGAUGGAAAACACUACUAUUUUUCCAAACGUUAUGAUUAUAAUGCAAGCAGAUUUGUUGACUUUACUAAUGAAGGCAAAUCCCGCUGUAUAUCUUGUACCUGGCAAAAUGAAGAAGAUAAAUUACAAGAAGUAGCUAUCCAAUAUUAUGCAGAGAGAAUGGGACGUUCAUUUGUUCGAUGGAAAAAUGAGAAAUAUUAUGUGGGUAGUGGUGUAUUUAUUGAUUAUGAAAGGGAGAUUAUUCCGAAGUCGAGAAGUAACACUCGAUCUACUGAACAAGUGAAUGAUAAUACUAUCACAUUAGAGAAGCUAGGCAAUGACAUAGUACAAAUGUCCCCACUAGACCGAAAAAUAAUUUUUCCGGAAAGGUAUCGAAAUGAAGGUGAUAAUCCGGAUAGCUUUGAACAUCCUUGUCAACCGUACACCGUUGGUGUUAUAGAACAGAUUCGGAAAAAUCACACCGUAGUUGUGAGGGAGUUCUGGAGGGUUGAAGAUACUGGAUCUAAAGACUAUGGACAUCCGCAUUUGGUAUAUUGGACAAGUCGAUUGUAUUAUAUCAAUAACCAAAAAAAAUGGCAGGCUGUGGUAAAAGGAAAAUGUUAUGUGUCGAAUUCACAACACAUCGGAGAUAUAGGUCAGUGGAUAAAAGAAGGACCAUUUAGAUUUUAUUUUGAAAAAGGAUAUAAUCCAAAUAAAGACAUAUUUUUUAAUCUACCUCUUAAUGCCAUGAGCAUAGGAAAGCAAACCAGAAAAAUACGUCGUAAACCACAUUUCGAAGAAGCUCCAAUAUGGCCUGAACUAAAAACUAAACUAAAAAGUAUGGAUAUUUACUCAGGAUGUGGAGGUUUAUCUGAUGGACUUGAAAGGGCUGGUUUGGUUAAUACUAAAUGGGCAAUUGACAUAAAUCCAUCUGCAGCUGAAGCAUUCCAGUUGAAUAAUCCUAGUGCAGACGUAUUUGAAGAUAAUUGCAACGAUGUUCUUUGCGUACUUCUUGAAGGUCGUGGGUCUGAAAUUGGUAUGCCAGAAAAGGGGGAGGUCGAUAUUAUUGUUGGUGGACCACCAUGUCAAGGAUUUUCAAUUAUUAAUAGAUUCAAGGAUAGUCAAUCUGCAAAAACUAACAAUUGUCAGAUCAAUACUUAUUUGGGAUUUAUUGAUUACUUUAGGCCAAAGUACUUUGUGUUUGAGAACGUUAGAAACUUUACCACCUACGAUAAGUCCCGAUAUUUUAAAUUGACGAUUAAAUGCAUAUUGGAAAUAGGAUACCAGGUGACUUUUGGAAUUCUACAAGCUGGUAAUUAUGGUUUGCCACAAUCAAGGAGGCGGAUUUUUCUUAUUGGAGCAGCUCCUGGUUUAGUAUUGCCAAAACUGCCCGAUCCUACACAUUGUUUUGGAAAAUUUGAGAAAAUUGUGGAGACGUUAAAAAUAGAUAAUUUAAAAUAUGAUAUAGGUGAUCUAGCAAUAGGUCAACUAGGAUCCCUACCCUACAGACGAGUGACAAUAAGAGACGCGAUUGCAGAUCUUCCACCUACGACAUAUGAUACAAUGGUAAGCAAAAUGCCAUACCAGACAGCAAGGGAGGAUAUGUCAUUUUAUGCCAAAGGAUUGAGAGAGUUUUGCAAUAAGGAUGAUAUUGUUACUGAUCACGAGGCUAACUACGCGUCUGCAAUUACAAAAAAACGAAUUCAGUUUAUCCCAGAAGGAGGAGAUUGGACCGAUUUACCUAAUAUAUCUGUUAUUUUGGAAAAUGGUAUUAGGACUGAAGUCUUAAAUUAUACGUAUCGAACUAAAAUUCAAAAUCCGAAAGAUCCUCCAAAAGGUUUAUGCGCUUGCGUUCUUGAUAAACCAUGUAACCAAGAAAUAAAAAAGAAUGAACGAAAUAAUACGUUAAUACCAUGGUCAGUGGCACAUACAGCUUCGAGAAAUAAUAACUGGAAAGGCGUUUAUGGAAGGGUGAUUUGGGAUGGACAUUUUGGGACCGUGACGACAAAUCCUGAGCCGACUAGGGCUCAAGGAAGAGAUUAAGAAUAUUGCUCUAAAAUAUGGUAAGAAGAAUUAGUCCUUAUUAGACACCAGAUUUAAGUGUUCUCCAUCCAGGCAGAGAUCCACUGCAACUCUCUGAGAUGAAUUCGAAGACCUGAUCCGCUACAGAGCAACAACUCUAAACCCGUAUCUGUCAAGCUUAGACUACAUUAUCCCAUGAUCCAUACAAUCAAACGCUUUUAAUAUCAUCACAGAACAUUGCAGCCGUCCUCAUCCCAGAAUUCAGAGAUGCAUAAGCACCACCUAAAUAUAGCAUCGCGAGCAGCUCUGGCUUUUUGGCAUCCAAACUGAGAGUGGGGAUAUAGAAUCAAGAUUGUACAAUAGUUGCAAACCUGAUCCAUCAGACUCUUCAGACACACAGGAAAAUGUGCCAGUAUGCCAGGAGGAAUUCAAGGCACAGGACAAAGAACUCAAAGCACUCUGUGGUAAAGAUAAAAGUAAUUUUACAGAAACACCAUUAGAUCCCGAAGAUUUGUAUUUUAAUGCUCUUGACUGCCUUCAGAAAUUCAGUGUUGAUUGCAGGAAGAAAAAAGAAUGAAUUAGAAACUAAAACCUGCUGAAGUAAUUCAUCCUGAGCAACAUCGUAUUUUAACU